GGCGGCGAGAGGCGGCGAGAGGCGGGGGCGCCGUGGGGGCCGGGCCGUGUUUACACAGAGGCGGGCGGGUGCGGACGCGGAACCCGGCGCGGCGGCGGCGGCGGCGGCACGAUGGUCAUGGCGCAUUUCGUGGAGAAUUUCUGGGGGGAAAAAAAUAAUGGUUUUGAUGUGCUCUACCAUAAUAUGAAACAUGGACAGAUAUCAACUAAAGAACUAGCAGAUUUUGUAAGAGAAAGAGCUACAAUAGAAGAGGCAUAUUCCAGAUCAAUGACAAAACUAGCAAAAUCUGCAAGCAAUUAUUCGCAACUUGGAACAUUUGCACCAGUGUGGGAUGUGUUCAAAACAUCUACAGAAAAAUUAGCAAAUUGUCAUUUGGAUCUUGUUAGAAAAUUACAAGAAUUAAUAAAAGAAGUUCAGAAGUAUGGAGAGGAGCAAGUAAAAGCUCAUAAAAAGACUAAAGAAGAAGUUGCAGGCACUCUGGAAGCAGUCCAAGCCAUUCAGAACAUAACUCAGGCCCUCCAGAAGUCUAAGGAGAACUACUAUGCCAAGUGUGUAGAACAGGAGCGUCUGAAAAAAGAAGGAGCUACACAAAGAGAAAUAGAAAAGGCAGCUGUUAAAUCUAAGAAAGCUACAGAUACUUAUAAACUCUAUGUGGAAAAGUAUGCAUUAACAAAAGCUGAUUUUGAACAGAAGAUGACAGAAACAGCUCAGAAAUUUCAAGAUAUUGAAGAAACUCAUCUCAUUCACAUAAAGGAAAUUAUAGGAUCCUUGUCAAAUGCUAUAAAGGAAAUUCAUUUACAAAUAGGCCAGGUUCAUGAAGAAUUUAUAAAUAAUAUGGCCAAUACUACAAUUGAAAGUUUGAUACAAAAAUUUGCUGAGUCAAAAGGCACAGGAAAGGAAAGACCUGGUCUUAUUGAAUUUGAAGAGUGUGACCCUGUCAGUGCGGUUGAAGGCAUAAAACCAAGGAAAAGAAAGACUUUUGCUUUGCCUGGAAUAAUUAAAAAGGAAAAGGAUGCAGAGUCUGUGGAGUGUCCUGAUGCAGAUUCACUUAAUAUUCCUGAUGUAGAUGAAGAAGGUUAUAGUAUUAAACCAGAAGCAAAUCAGAAUGAUACCAAAGAGAACCAUUUCUACUCAUCCAGUGAUUCUGACUCUGAAGAUGAAGAACCAAAGAGGUACCGGAUAGAGAUCAAGCCUGCGCAUCCAAAUAACUUGCAUCACACAAUGGCUUCUUUGGAUGAAUUAAAAGUAUCCAUAGGAAAUAUAACUCUGUCCCCAGCAGUGUCUAGACACAGUCCAGUGCAGAUGAAUCGGAAUUCAUCUAGUGAAGAGUUAACAAAAUCAAAGCUGUCUUCUGUACCCAAUGAGAAAGGGACCAAUGAUUUACUUGCUUGGGACCCCUUGUUUGGAUCAUCUCUUGAUUCAUCUUCUUCAGCUUCACUUAAUUCGUCAUCAUCAGCCAGACCCACAACUCCCCUUUCUAUAGGCACCAUUGUUCCACCUCCAAGGCCUGCUUCCAGACCAAAGCUUACUUCAGGCAAACUGAGCGGGAUUAAUGAAAUACCCAGGCCAUUCAGUCCACCUGUAACUUCUAACACCAGCCCACCGCCUGCUGCUCCUUUGGCCCGGGCAGAGAGUAGUUCUUCUAUCUCUUCCUCUGCUUCAUUGAGUGCUGCCAAUACUCCAACAGUAGAAGAUGAUAAUUUGAUUGGGACACUCUGUGAAAUUGAAAAGCACUGGGAGACAUCACCAGGUGUAUCACGAGGUCCCAGCCCAGUCAGCCUUGGAAACCAGGACACCUUACCUGUGGCAAUCGCCCUUACAGAAUCUGUCAAUGCUUACUUUAAAGGAGCAGAUCCUACCAAGUGCAUCGUGAAGAUCACUGGAGACGUGACAAUAUCAUUUCCAAGUGGGAUUAUUAAAGUCUUCACAAGCAACCCCUCUCCAGCUGUGCUGUGCUUUAGGGUGAAAAAUAUCAGCAGACUCGAGCAAAUUCUCCCAAAUUCACAGCUUGUGUUCAGUGAUCCAUCACAAUGUGAUUCCAACACAAAAGAUUUUUGGAUGAAUAUGCAAGCUGUUACUGUCUACCUCAAGAAGCUAUCAGAGCAAAAUCCAGCUGCUUCUUAUUAUAAUGUAGAUGCGCUAAAGUAUCAGGUAUCAUCAAAUGGCAUUCAGUCCACUCCUCUGAAUCUUGCCACGUACUGGAAAUGUAGUGCCAGCACCACAGAUCUGAGAGUGGAUUAUAAGUACAAUCCAGAAGCUAUGGUCGCACCUAGUGUGCUUUCCAACAUACAGGUUGUGGUACCAGUGGAUGGAGGAGUCACAAAUAUGCAGUCCCUUCCCCCUGCAAUAUGGAACGCAGAACAAAUGAAAGCCUUUUGGAAAUUAUCUGGGAUUUCAGAGAAGUCAGACAGUGGAGGUUCUGGAUCCCUCAGAGCAAAAUUUGAUCUUUCAGAAGGACCCAGUAAACCCACAACACUUGCAGUGCAAUUCCUUAGCGAGGGAAAUACCCUCUCAGGAGUAGAUAUUGAGCUUGUAGGCGCUGGCUAUAGACUGUCCUUAGUAAAGAAGCGUUUUGCCACUGGGCGGUACCUGGCGGAUUGCUGACGGACCCAGAAUGCGGCUUCUCAAGGGGUAAUUCGGACAUGCCACUCUGUAUCGCCUGCUCUUUCCAAACACUAUUUUUACUUGUAUGAUGUCCUUCAAACUUCGUCCUUGAAGGCUGACUAUAAACAUUAAAUUGCACUUUCAAAGUGAGUCAUUGAAAGGAAGAGCACUGAAAUGACCUUGUACACAGUAAAUGAUCAAAUGCAAUAUUCAGGAAGCACAUGUAUUGAAAUUGUCACUGAAAUGACGUUUAUUACCUUCCGUGUCUAUGUUCUUAUAAAGGUUAGAAUGUAGUAACAAGCCUAAAAUUUCAGGAAAGCAAGCACAAAACUAUUUAGCUUUCCAUAAGUAUUUAGACUCAGAGAUAGCUUUGAAGUUCUAUAAGUUUGAUAUUGAAUGAAUAUAAACAGAACAUGAAUUUUAAGUUUUGAAUGUUAACUCAGAACUCAAUUUAAUUGAGUUAUGUGCCAUAAGGUAAUCAGACCAGAGUCCAAGUUGUAUGCAAACAAAAAACAAAACAAAAAAAAGCAACCCUAUAAUCUGAUUCUCAUAAGCAUAUUAAUAAAAAGUAUAAAUGGUGUUUUAUAUGAUUUUUUAAAAUUCUCAAGUGCAAUGUGUUUUAAAAUAAGCUUGCAAAGGACAGCAGAAAAACCUACUUCUGCAGUUAAUUUACUAUAGAAUUGUGAUUGUUUUGAUGAAUUAAUGCUGUAGAUUUAAUUUAUUUUUAUAUGGAUUACAUAAUGUGUGCCUUUUAAAACAGUAACAAAAACCAGAAAUGUGCCUCUCUAGUUUGUGUUAAUUAAUGUGCCUCACUUUUUUCUCUCUCUGGAUCUUAUAUUCAGAAUCAUACAGUGGUCAAGCAUAUUUAAAAGAUACUUACAGUUUUUAAAAUACCUUUGGCCUGUAAUUGAGAAGAAAAUUCAAAGUAACUAAAAGGUAAUUUAUAUUUUAAAAUCCUGGCGUAUUUUUUCAGUGAUGCACUGUAGCCACUAAAAAACAAAUCAGCCUAAUGGAGUAUGUUUACUGGGAAUAAAAUUACUUUCAGAUAUUCAACAUUAACCUCAUUACAAGUAUGUGAAGUGGACAAGCUCUGAAACUAUGAUGAUAAAUUGGUAACUGGUAUUUUAACUCUAAUUUAGCAUUUCCUUUGACCUAUUUAUCAAGGAAAAUUUAUACACUAAGUUACUAUUGUAAACAUGUUUUCUAGCAUUUUAUGAAUAAUUUUUUAAAAGAUGCAUUUUUGUCAGUGAGAAGUAUUGUCACUUGUUUUGAUUUUAACAGUUAGAAAAUUGGUCAGAUUCCCAUGUGGUGAGGAUAGGUAAGGUAUUUGAAGUGAAGGAUUGGGCUAAGUGAACUGCUCAUGCUGAGUAGUAACUUCAUAGCAAAUUCUUAUUAACAGAAUAAAAGAAAUAUCCUUUAGACAAAGUUUUAUAAUUUACAAAUGGGAAUUUAUGAUAAAUACCAAUGUCCUUUAUUUUUCAUAGAAGUCAUAGUUUGUGUUAUAUCUGAUAAUUUAUAUAAAACCACUAAUUAUUUUGUUAAGCUUUAUAGAACAUAAAACUCGUUACUAGACACUAAUAUAAAAAUCUUGCUAUACUAAACAUAGCAGAAAAUCUACUCUUCAUGUAUGUAAUACAAAAUGAGCAUUUUUAUAUAUUCAGUGUCAUUCCAGUUCUAAGUUUAGGUUUGGUUUAAGUAAACAUAAGACAGUUUAGUCCUUACUAGCAAAAUUAGAACUUCUAACUCUUAAGUUCUUUAAAAUGCCAGUUACAAUUACCCUUACUAAACUCUUGACUCAAUCUGCUUUUAUUGGGCAGCUAAUGCUAUUGAAUUCCUGACACUGCUACAAUGUCUGUCCUUAAUCAAGUAUUACCUUAAAAUGUUUAAAUGCGUGAAGUGGUUAACCUCGUGCACUUUCUUAAUCCCUACAGCCUUCAUGCCGAGUGUUGCCAUGCAAGAUUAUACUGGGGACAGGUUACAGUUUUAAAGCCAUAUGCGUUUAUAGUGAUUGUUUUCCAUGUAAAAAUUCACUAAUGUUGUUUAAAAUAUUAAAAAAAAGGCCCAGUAGAUUCAGUGGGGGACUAUUUUAUCUAGCAAGCUGGUUCUUGCUUGUGUACAGUGAUAACUUUGUAGCUGCUUCUUUAACCAAGAAUUUGUAAACACAGAACUCUUUAACAAGUGUGAGCUUUUAAGGAUCAUUAUUUACUACUUUGGGUUGUAAUUAGAGCACAUCUAUCUUCCAAAAUUUUGUAAAUAUUUUUGAUUUUUUUUCAUAAAAUGUAAAUUUUACAUAAAAGUUGUAUCCCUAAUAAACGUGUAAUAUAUAAUUUA